AUGGAGAGUUCUCCUAGUCUUACACCGACGAAAAUUGAAAAGCCGGCAGAAAAUGGAGCGCAACUGAUGGCCGACGGACAGAAGGUAAGCGCUUUCCGGGAUAAAUCGUCCAAUCAAACACAUUUUCAAGGGAAAACUGCGGAAUUUGUGGUCGAGAUGCAUCGUCGGACCGUCGGCUCUUCUCGGCUCGUCGAUAGUCCGUUCGUGGGCUCAGAUGGACUUCAAGGAUCGGCUUGCGAGCGUCGCCGCCAAACGGAUGAACCUCGUCGCGAAGUCUGUUCCAGCUAGUCGUUUAUUGAAGAAUUCUAAAUCCGCCAUUUCAGAUGCAUGAAAAGAUUCCCGGAAGUCUCGUUGAACUGUCAGAUCAGCGCCAGUUUUUCUCUCAAUUCGCCAAAAACUAACGAAACGACAGCUCAAGAUUUAGGUAAGAAAUAAUAUUUUUCAGCUUCCUAAUUAGUUUUUUCAGAGAAACAAGAGCGUUGCCGAAAAAUUGCAAGAAUAGAGCACGAAAUUCGCACGCUGGAACGACAUUUGGAGAGCAGAAAUUACUAA